AGAGUGUACUACUGUGAGAUUGGAACAACGCUAGAAAAAGUGAAGAGUAGUAAUGUCAUAACAUGUGUUUUAGUAAAGUCAGUGCGUGGCUGUACGUAUCAGGGAUCUAAAAUAGCUCUCCAUUUGUUGCUUCAGUUAAGCCGAUGGUUUCAUCUUGGCAAAGAUGUUCAAAUGCGAACAUACGGUGGUCCCGAAAACAGUUUGAACGAGGUUAUGGCGGGGUUUUUCACCUAGCGCUAUUAAUGCUAAAGAAUGGUGCCUAUGCGCGGCUCGAAGUUCAAAUUUGAGGAGGGAGAAAAAGUGUUGUGCUAUGAACCAGAUCCAACAAAGGCGAGGGUGUUGUACGAUUCCAAGGUGCUUGAAGUUAAUGUGAACAGGGAUAAAAAAGGACGUAAAGCUGUGGAAUAUCUUAUUCAUUUUCAGGGCUGGAAUUCCUCUUGGGAUCGCUAUGUUAGUGAGGAUCAUAUUUUGAAGCACACGGAAGAGAACUGGAAGCUUCAGAAAGAACUUGCAGAGAAAGCGCAGCUAAGGCCAACUGCAUACCUGUAUCGGCGAGAUAACAAGGGGCCGAAAGGUAACGAGGUAUCCAUCAAGAGAAAUAACAAAUCGGAACGUAGCACUGGUCAUCGCACAGCAUCUGCUACAACCUCCCGGGAAGGUAGCCCUGAUUCUUGCAGUACUAACGACACUUCUUUGGACAAAGAUGAAAGUAAUAGGAGGAAACGUGUUACUGAUCACAGAAAAAAGAGAGAAAAGAGUGUGAUGGAAGAUGAACACUUAGGCAAUGCUUAUGAAGAUGACGAUAGUGAUGACUAUGGUGUAAAACAUGAAAGUGAUAGUGAUGAUAGCAGAGAAGCACACAGUGAUGAUGAAGUGGAUGAUCAUAAUCAGUGUGGUGACGGUGAUCUCGCUUGUGAUCAAGACUCGGAAGAUUUUGUUGAUCAUAACAACUCUGAUAACAGUGAGUGUACCACUGAAGAUGAAGCCAGUGGAGAAGAUGCAGAGCAUAUUAGCCAGUCAGAUGAAGGCGCUCAAGACACUGCAGAAGAAAACUUCCCAUUGGAAUUUACUGCUGUUAUGAGAGACAUACUGGAUUUGGAUAAUGAACUUAUUAAAAAUACAAAUAAGCUUGUGAUAUUGCCAGCAAAGCCAAAUGUUGUGACAAUUCUGGAAUCUUACGUCAGAGAAUAUGCCAUUAAUCAGAUCUGUGGUACUCCAGAUAACUUACGCCGAAAGUACAGGCGGCGUCACAAUCACCAGAAUGGACCACUUGAUAUAGAACGAAUAAACAGAAGUAUAAAUAUAUGCAAAGAAGUUGCAGAUGGUGUAAGAAUUUAUUUUGACUUCACUCUGAGUGGCCUGUUAUUGUACAAUGAAGAAAAAGACCAAUAUGAACAAACUCGGAAUAUGAAUAUUAAAAGGGAGACCGAUCUGGGGAUAUAUGCUGCAGUUGAUAAAGAUGGAGAGAAUGCCAAGUUCCGUCAGAGUAAUGUCAGUCAUUUGAGUGAACCAAGCACCAGCCAUUUGGAUGAAGUUUCAUAUGAUAACAAAUGUGUAGGUGCCAACAGUUUGAAAAGACAUUCACGGAGCCAUUGUCAUACAGACAUUGAGGCAAAAGAUUUCAUAACCACAGGUAGCACAUCUAAGGUGGACGACAAAGAGUCAGAGAAACCUCUUAUGAGAAACCCUGACUGUAGUGCCAAUAAUGGCAGUCUUUUUGUUCUGGUUGUACCAAAGAAAGAACCAUUGCCGGAAGAACAUGAUAAAUUGCCCAGCACCAUAAACAGCUCCUUGAAAUGUAAAACUUCUGGUUCGGUGCCAAGUGUAUCAUCUGUAGAAGAUAUGUUACGCUCCAGGGGUUGUCCACCUGCAGCUCUGAAGUUUCUUUCAUCACAAGUUUUGGAGUGGCAUUUAGUUCCCGAGUCAAUGUAUACAGAGAAACCAUCACCACCUUCUCUUGUUUAUGGAGCAGUGCAUUUGGCAAGAUUAUUUGUUAAAUUACCAGGCCUCCUCCAUAAUACAGACAUGCAGGCAAGAAAACUUAAGCUUGUGUUGAGACACUUGCAGCUAAUUCUAAAGUACCUUGAACAAAAUAAAAGCUGGUUCGGCGAAGAGUUCUAUGAAAGUAGUUUGGUACAGAAAAUGGAAUGACACACAUGAGUGUUUCACAUAAAGUUGGUACUUUGUUACCCUAGUACAAAAAUUAUUCUGUAAUUUUUAAAGGACAAAAACAUUUACAUUUUUAUCAAACUAACAUUGUUCAGCAAACGAGACAGCAUGUCUAAGGUUAUUUGUAUUAUACUGCUAAGAAGUUUUCAUUUACUCAAAAUUUUGAUAAGAGCAUGAUACUUUUUGCCGUUACAGAGAACAUUGCAACGAAGGAUUUGUGUCGGAAACUUGCUAAGUUUUUCUACCUGGGCAUUGUUAGUGGUGUUCAGUGCAGUGCUUCAUAUCUCAAGCCUGUGCAGUGUAUGCUUUGUAAAACAUAAUUGUAUUUAUUUUAUGUUUGAUAUUUUUUUUCUUGUUCCUUGAGUGCAGAAAAGGAAUGAAAAACACGGAAUACCCUGGUGGUAUGUACACUUGUGUUUUUAUUCAGAUUUAUUUCAAAAUUAGCCUCUUUUGAACCUGAGGUGGUUGUUUUUUGUAUGCUUUCUAUCUGUUAUAAACAUUAACUGAAAUAAAUUAUGAAAACUGA